UGCAAAAUAAGUGUGAUGAAUAUGUUGGCACCUUUAUUGACCCACCACAGAAACUUUUACAUGAUGGGACUUGGAAAGAAUUAGACAAUGCACUUGUUGAUAUUACAGGAGGAAUCUUGGGGACCAAAAUUGGUCAAUCUCUUAAAAAAGAUU